AUUCUUAUCGAUGAUCGAAGUAAUUUUGUCCUGUGCGAUUUUGGCAGUGCAACAUCACGUGUUCUACAUCCUGGUGUACAUGGUCUUGCAAGAUGUGAAGAUGAAAUUUCUAGGUAUACAACUUUAGCGUAUCGUGCUCCUGAAAUGGUCAGUCUAUCAACAACUAUACCAUUAGGUCCACAAAUUGAUAUUUGGGCAUUAGGCUGUCUCUUGUACUGUUUAUGCUUUUUUAAUUUACCAUUUGGAGAUAGCGUGCUGGCGAUACAAUCGGGCAAUUUUAGUCUACCAGACAGUUCACCUUAUUCUGAACGAUUACAUAAAUUAAUUGGUUAUAUUCUCUGUGUAGAUGCAUUUAAACGUCCGGAUAUAUUUCAAGUCUGCGCAUUAGCCUUUUCACUCGCUAAUCGUAGCAAUCCUGCACAGAAUCUAAAUAAUCUUCCAAUUCCCCUUUGGAAAGAUUUGACUGUACCGCCAAGAGAAUCUCAACUCAAAUCAACCAGUAAUCUGCUUAUGUCUUCAGAAUUGAAGUCUGCGAAUAGGUCAUUGUCACCAUCAUCAUCGGCAUCAUCAUCCAGUAGUCGAAAUAAAUCCUCACCUGAUCAGAAACAGUCAACUGCAUCUGUUGUAGAUCAUAGCCAUCGAUAUCAGCAACAACAAACGAAUCAAUAUAUUACUAAUACAUCAGUAGCUCCAAGAGAAAGACCUCGACCGAAUUGCUCUAGUCAUCAUCCUCUGCCUCCACCACCACAGCCGCCGCCGCCACCUCCUCCUUCUUCUUUCCCUCAUGCUCCAGUAUCACCGCCUACUGUCAACCACCCGAUUAUUGUUAAACCGCCAACUUGUUUACCUGUUAGUAAUAAUAAUAAUCAUACUUCAUCUACUGCUGUGGUAGCUAAUUUUACUGACUUACCAGAUUCCAGUGCAAUGAAUCCUACUAGUACGAAUGCAAGAUUUCAUGAGGCUUUUAGUCCACCAUCAACGAAUUUAAAUUGGCCAGUUGAGUUUUCUAAUAAUCACUUCAACAGUCAGUCAAAUGAAAUGCCUAUAAAAUGGGAUGCCGCUGCUGUUGCUGCUGCUGCUUCUGGUGUCGGUAGUCAUCAACGAACUCAAAGUUCCGGUUUUGUACAAGCCAAUCAGACAGCCAAUUCAUCGGAUACAAUGAAUCCUUAUUCUUAUGGACAGGAAACAUCGUUGUCUGGUGGUGGACAUCGUCGGUGUCCAAGUGAUACAUCAUCACUUCUAAAGUCAUUUCCAUCAACUAUACGUCAUGCACAAAGUUUAGCAUCAUUAAAUCAAACCUCAAAAUCAUUUGAUUCGAUUGCAUGCAGUAAUUCUUCAGUAAAGCCUACAGAUGUUGGCAGUAUACUUCCAAGUGUCAAGCAAAUUGAAACAUCAAUAUCAUCAAAUGUUGUAACUCAUAAAUUAAACCAAUCAAUGUCUGUUGAUGCAUCCACUACUAUUGGCGGGAAAUUUAAUCUUUCCCAUGCAUCAAAUUCAUCUCCGAUACCAUUUUCUCCUUCUUCUUCUUCUUGUUCAACAUACAACACACCUACACAAAAUGUUUAUCCUAAUGAAAUGAUAAGAAUGAUGGCGUUUACCGGUAAUGAUUCUACUACUGUCAAUAUUAAUGCUGUUCCUGCUGCUGCUGAUGACGAUGAUGACGUACUCUUCGGUGUAGCUUUCGAUGCAAUUCGUGGAGGUGGUGCUGGUGGUGCGGGUGUUGCUAGUGCUAACAGUACUAGUCGACUGUAAAACAGUGAUACACUUUUCUCUAGGUGACUUCUCAUGUGUUGGAUGUGUGUGUGAAGGCAAGAGUCGAAUGCAUAUCGGUCAUUUAUAGAUAUACAUACUUUUCUUUUCGAAAGUUUCAAUUACCUCUCUUAUUACAUUCUCUAUAUCGUCAUCCGAUCAUUAUAUUACUGAUUUGACUUCAGCGCUAUCCAGAUUCACAGGAAAUGAUCAGUGUAAUGUUUAUCUGUUAGC